AUGGCCACGACCUUCUCCAGCGCGGUCCUCGGCCAGCCCGAGAUUGCAUGGAUUGUGUUUGAGUUUCAGUUUGGCGUCUACGAAGACGUGCGUCCCGCCUUCCGCGCCUGCAAGGAGCUCAUCGCAUUUGACACUGUGCAUGCCGAUUACACGUGCGACGCAACGUUCCCCUCGGCGUUUGCGCCCGACGCCGUCUGGGACGGUCGCAUGCGAUUUUUUGCGUCCUCGUAUGCUCUCCGCACCGACGAGCGCGACGAUCGCUUGCCACUGCACUUGGCCGUCAAGGAAGGUUUUGUGCAGCUGACCCAGCGCAUGCUACGCUGCCGACCGGACCUCGCUUAUGAAGACGCCAUUCUUUUGGCCUUCUUUUAUGAUCGUCUUGAGAUUGUUGAGCUCCUCUUGAACGAACGUGCGACUGUGCCAGAGCUCCACCGACGCUUCGACACUGGUUCCACACCCGGCGACGCACGACGACGUAUCUCGUCUAUUAUGCGGGCUUUCUUGCCCGCUUUGCUGACCCGAGACGACUCAAAAGGCAUCGAGCUCCUCGAACGCUUUGGCCAGCAUCCUGACGCCUGUACACAGGAGACUCUCUGCAGCGCGAUCUCCAAGGCGACGCUUGACAACCUGACGCUCGCUUUGAAUUGCUUUCCGUGGUUGUACUACCCAGGUCUCUUGGACGCCAUCGCGGGCCGCGGCUUCUUGCCGCUCGUGCAAAUGCUCCACGAACGCGACUUCAAGUGCUCAGCGAGAGCCAUGGACACCGCCGCGUCCAACGGCCAUUUGGAGGUCGUUCGCUUUCUGCAUUUCAACCGGACCGAAGGCUGCACAACCGACGCGCUGGAUGGAGCCAUUCGCUAUGGGCACCUCGAUGUUGUUCGCUUCCUCAUUGCGCACCGCACGGAAGGCGCGUCGCCCAACAUCCUCAACUACGCUGCUGCCAACGGUCACCUCGAGAUCGUCCAGUACCUCCAUUCUUUUGGCACGUUUCACUGCACGGUCUACGCUGUCCACGAUGCGGUGUGUCGCGGGCACUUGGAGGUCGUCCAGUUCCUCUUGACCAACCGAAGCGAAGGCUGCAGUCGCGAUCGAGUCGUUUACUACGCUGUUAGAAGCGGGCAUCUGCGCACGGCCGAGUACCUCCUCUCCCUCGGGUACCCGUUUCCGACCGCCGAGAUCCUGUUUGAGAACGCCAUGAUGCGUCAGCCCGAGAUGGUGGACGUCCUGCAGCGUCUGGAUGCCCUCGGCGGCUACUGGGACGUCAAUGAAACGAUGUUGCGAGCCUGCGCAGCUAACAACGUACCGCUUGUCGCGUUUCUACAAGACCACUCGGAGAUGAGCUGUGACCCCGACGUUUUGCUCAUGAGCGCGGUCGAGAGCGCGGCGUUGGAUGUAGUGAUCUUUUUCUUGGACCAAGGCACGACGAAUACCUCGAUCGAUGCGCUCGAUGUAGCACUUUCCGUUGACAACGCUGAAGUUGACGAGCCCACGAUGCAGCAUUAAGGAACCGCACACACAACGCCUAGCAGCAGCUAGCUUUUACAUGACAUGCAUUGAG